UCGCCCUGUUCAUCACUACGACGGGCAGAGCCGAGGGCUGCAGCGGGACGCUCGAUCCUCAUUCACCCCGACGAAGCCGGGGUCAGCUUCACUGCCUCUCGUCCUCCGUCUCUCUCUCUCUCUCUCUCUCUCUGUGCGCUUGGAUUGUAACCGGCGGAAACAAAUUGAGCUCCGUGCAGAGUCGGCUCCAGCUCCAGCUCCAGCCGCGCGGCUCCCUCACGCACACCAUGGAUGUAAGGUUUUAUCCGACCGCUGGUGGAAAUUCUAUCCCAGGGGAUCCACCAAACCUGGAUUUUUCCCACUGUUUGGGCUACUACAACUUCAAUAAGUUCCAGAAUAACAACAACUACAUGAACAUGGCGGAGGCGAACGGUGCCCUGCUUGCUGCUGGUGAUACUUUUCAUACGCCCAGCUUGGGCGACGAGGAGUUUGAGAUUCCUCCGAUUACACCACCACCUGAAACGGAGUCCGGUCUGGGUCUGUCGGAAGUCGACUCACCUUUCCCAGCAAUGCCAGAGCCCCCGGGUCCACACAGGGGUCCAUUAAUCCCUCAGUUCCCCCCUCAGAGCCUGGAUCUGCCCUCUAUUACCAUCUCACGCAACAUGAUGGACCAGGAAGGGAUGUCUGUCAACAACGGCCAACCUGUGAAUGUGGGGCCAGGCCACCUUCGCCAGUACCCACCCAACCCAGCCAUGGUGAUGAAAUCCAUCAUCAGCAUGAACAGCUCCAACGGGAUGCUAUCACGGAAUCAGCUGACCACCAUCAACCAAUCCCAACUCAACGCACAGUUGAGCCUUAACAUGGCAGGACCCAGCAUCACCCAUACGUCCCCAUCUCCGCCUGCCAGCAAGUCCGCCACACCGUCCCCCUCCAGCUCAAUAAAUGAGGAUGACCAGGACGAUGGCAACAGGGUGAUUGGAGAGAAGCGACCAGCCCCCAUAGAUCCCACAAAGAAGCCCAAGACUCCUAAGAAGAAGAAGAAGAAGGAUCCCAAUGAGCCUCAGAAGCCAGUGUCAGCUUAUGCCCUUUUCUUCAGAGACACCCAGGCUGCCAUCAAGGGUCAGAAUCCCAACGCCACCUUCGGAGAAGUGUCCAAGAUUGUGGCCUCCAUGUGGGAUGGUCUGGGAGAGGAGCAGAAGCAGGUUUACAAAAGCAAAACGGAAGCUGCCAAGAAAGAAUAUUUAAAAGCCCUUGCAGCAUACCGUGCUAGCCUGGUUUCCAAGGCCGCAGCAGAAUCAGCUGAGGCCCAGACUAUCCGCUCAGUGCAGCAGACCCUGGCCUCCACCAGCCUGUCCCCAGGCCUGGUGCUGCCUUCACCCCUCAACCAGCACCCCUCCAUGUCAUCAGCAUCCCAGGCCCUCCAACAAGCCCUACCACGGGCCAUUGCCCCGAAACCUCUGCAGAUGAGACUAGGGGGCAGUCAGAUCGUGACCUCAGUCACAGUUUCCCACCAGAACAUGUCCUCCGGGAUGCCACCGCAGCUGCUUGGCCAGAUGGGUGCCGGAGGAGCCAUGGUGGCAGGUGCCCAAUCCACAGCGGUGUCUCAGAUGAGCCCACCCAUGCAACCAGUGCAGCAGCAUGCAAUGCAGCAGCUCCAGCAGCAGCAACAGCAGCAGCAGAUGCAGCAGCACCUCCAGCACCAUCAGAUGCAGCAGCAGCAGAUGCAUCACCAGCAGAUCCAGCAACAGAUGCAGCACCAGCAUUUCCAACACCACCUCCAGCAACAGCUGCAGCAGCACCACCUGCAGCAGCAGCAACAACAACAGCAGCAGCAACAACAGCAGCAGCAGCAGCAGCAGCAACAGCAGCAGCAACAGCAGAUACAGCUGCAGCACAUGCAGUUGCAGCAUCAGCUGCAUCAGCAGCAGAUUCAACAUCUCCAGCAGCAACAACAGCAGCAGCAGCAGCAGCACCAGUCCCAGUGUUCCCCACCCCAGCACUCUCCUGGUACACCCCAUUCAGUGGGAGGUUCUGCAUCGCUUGGCAGCCCCCAGCCAGCCCCACAGCAGCAACCACACCCCUCCCAAAUCCAGGCCCACGCCCAGGUCCUGUCCCAGGUCAGCAUUUACUGA